AAACCUCCAGCGGCUGCAGUCCCUGUGGCAGACUCUGUUCGUGGACAUGAAGAGCCUCUUGUCCUGGCAGUACCUCAUGAGAGACAUCCACAUCAUCAAGACCUGGAACAUCUCCAUGUUUAAAACCCUGCGUGUGGAGGAGUACCGUUUGGCCCUUAGAAACCUGGAGCAGCACUACCAGGAGUUUCUUCAGGACAGUCAGGACUCACACAUGUUUGGAGCAGAGGACAGGAUGCAGGUGGAGGCCAACUACAACAAGGCCAACCAGCACUACAACACUCUGGUGACCUCCGCUGAGCAAGGGGUUGAGCCUCCAAAAGCAGGUGAGCAGGAUGAGUCUGUUUGUAAGACUUACCUGUCAAAGCUCCAGGACCUAAGGUUUCGUUUGGAGGGAUGUGAGAACCGGACCGUGACCAGACUGAGGCAGCCUGUGGAGAAGGAGCCCCUCAAAGCCUGUGCACAGAAGACCGCAGAACAGAUGAAAGUGCAGUCGGAAUUGGAGGGUCUGAAGAAGGAUCUGGAUUCAAUUGCUGAUAAAACAGAGGAGAUGCUGUCAGCUCCUCAGACGCUCAGCUCUGGUCCAGUCCUGAGAUCUGAACUGGACCUGACCCUCAAAAAGAUGGACCACGUCUAUGGGCUAUCCUCGGUCUAUCUGGACAAGUUGAAGACCAUUGAUGUCGUGAUCAGAAACACCAAAGACGCAGAAGACACACUCAAAUCCUACGAGACUCGACUUCGUGAAGUUGGAAAAGUCCCAGCCAGUAAAAAAGAAGUGGAUGAGCAUCGCAGUCAGCUCAAGAAAAUGCGAUCUGAAGCUGAAGCUGACCAGGUGGUGUUUGAUCGACUUCAGGAUGAGUUAAAGAAAGCUUCAGCUAUCAACGACAAAAUGAGUCGAAUUCACAGUGAACGUGACGCAGAGCUGGAGCACUACAGGGGCCUGGUGGGGGCGCUGUUGGACCGGUGGCAAUGUGUGUUUGGUCAGAUCGACCUGAGAUUAAGAGAACUGGACCUUUUGGGGAGACACAUGAAUGCAUAUGGACAGAACUACGAGGCGCUAAUGCUCUGGUUAAAAGAGGCACGGCAGACACAAGACAAGAUCCAGGCUGUGCCAAUAGGGGGCAGUAAGAGCCUUAAGGAGCAGCUGACUCAGGAGCAGAAAUUGCUUGAAGAGAUUGAGAAAAAUAAGGACCAGAUAGAAGACUGUCAGAAAAAUGCCAAGGCUUACAUUGAUUCAGUCAAGGAUUAUGAGCUGCUGCUGUUGACUUACAAAGCGAUGGAGGACCCCACUGUGUCUCCUCUGAAGAAACCCAAAAUGGAGGGUGCCUCUGAUAACAUAAUUCAGGAGUAUGUUAAUCUGAGAACUCGCUACAGUGAGUUGAUGACUCUCACCAGUCAGUACAUCAAAUUCAUCAUAGAGACACAGCGCCGCCUGGAGGAAGAGGAGAAAGCAUCAGAAAAGCUAAAGGAGGAUGAGAGGAGGAAGAUGGCGGAGAUGCAGGCCGAAUUAGACAAACAGAAACAAAUCGCAGAGGCUCAGGCAAAAUCUGUGGAAAAAGCAGAGCAAGAAGCACUACAAUUAAAAUCUCAAAUGAAAACUGAGGCUAGUAAGAGACAAGACGCAGCUGUGGACUCUGAAAAGCAAAAACUAAAUAUUCAACAAGAGCUACAGCAGCUGAAGACUUUGUCCGACCAGGAAAUCAAGUCUAAAAAUCAACAACUCGAAGAGGCUGUGAUAACGCGCAGGAAGAUAGAAGAGGAAAUUCAUCUUAUAAGGAUUCAACUAGAGACAACUAUAAAACAAAAGACAGUAGCAGAGGGAGAGUUGGAGAAACUUAGGGACAAGGCAGCAGAUGCAGAGAAAAUUAGGAAAGCUGCACAAGAUGAAGCUGAGAGAUUGCGCAAACAGGUGAACGAAGAAACGCAGAAGAAGAAGCAAGCCGAAGAUGAACUUAAAAGGAAAUCUGAGGCCGAAAAGGAGGCAGCCAAACAGAAACAAAAAGCACUAGAUGAUUUGAAAAAGUAUAAAAUGCAAGCAGAGGAAGCUGAGAGGAGAAUGAAGCAAGCAGAGGAGGAAAAAGUUCGUCAGAUUAAAGUUGUGGAGGAAGUUGCUCAGAAAUCAGCUGUUGCUCAACAACAGACAGCGAGCUUUAAUGAAAAAACAUCUAAACUGGAGGAGUCUCUCAAGAAGGAACAGGGCACAGUGCUCCAACUCCAAGAAGAAGCAGAUAGAUUAAGAAAACAGCAGGAGGAAGCAGACAGGGCCAGAGAGGAGGCGGAGAAGGAGCUGGAGUUGUGGCGUCAAAAAGCUAAUGAAGCAUUAAGGUUGAGGCUCAAAGCGGAGGAGGAGGCACAGAAGAAGAGUCAAGCACAACAAGAGGCAGAAAAGCAGAAAGCAGAUGCAGAAAGGGAUGCUAAGAAAAAGGCCAAAGCUGAAGAGACCGCUCUCAAACUGAAAGAAAAUGCUGAGAAGGAGCUAGAGAAACAACGUGCUUUUGCCGACCAAAUCGCACAACAGAAAUUAACCGCCGAACAGGAGUGUAUAAGAUUGAAAGCGGAUUUUGAGCAUGCAAAUCAACAAAGAGGUCUGUUGGAUAGCGAACUGCAGAGGUUGAAAAAUGAAGUUUGCGAAACAGAGAAGCAAAGGAAGCAACUUGAGCAGGAGCUGGCGAAGGUGAGAGGAGAGAUGGACGCGCUGUUACAAAUGAAGGCCAAAGCUGAAAAAGAAACUAUGUCAACUUCAGAGAAAAGUAAACAGCUAUUGGAGACUGAAGCACUUAAAAUGAAGCAGCUCGCAGAAGAGGCAGCCAGGCUGAGGUCAGUGGCAGAAGAAGCGAAAAAGCAAAGACAAGUUGCAGAGGAGGAAGCAGCGAGACAGAGAGCCGAAGCUGAAAAAAUACUUAAAGAAAAAUUAGCUGCAAUUAAUGAAGCAACCAGACUUAAAACAGAGGCAGAGGUGGCUCUUAAAGCCAAAGAAGCUGAGAAUGAGAGGUUGAAGAGACAAGCAGAAGAUGAAGCCUAUCAAAGGAAGUUACUGGAAGACCAAGCAGCACAGCAUAAACAAGAUAUCCAAGAAAAAAUCACGCAUUUGAAGAGUUCGUCCAAUUCAGAGCUGGAGAGACAGAAGACCAUUGUUGAGGAAACACUCAGACAAAAGAAAGUGGUGGAAGAAGAGAUUCAUAUUAUUAAGAUCAGCUUCGAAAAGGCAGCUAAAGAGAAAGCAGAUUUGGAAAAGGAGUUGAAGAAGCUGAAGGAUGUCGCAGAUCAAACACAAAAGAGUAAAGAUAAGGCUGAAGCUGAGGCGGAAAAAAUGAAAAAAUUAGCUGCAGAAGAGGAGAAGAAACGUAAAGAGGCAGAGGAGAAGGUGAAGAGGAUUAAGGCGGCAGAGGAGGAAGCAGCCAGGCAAUGUAAAAAUGCUCAAGACGAGGUGGAAAGACUCAAGAAGAAAGCAGGAGAAGCUAACAAACAACGAGAAAACGCAGAGAAAGAGGCAGAAAAGCAAGCUGCUUUAGCAAAAGAUGCUGCUCAGAAAUCCACUGCUGCCGAACUUAAAGCACAAAAUGUCCUCACCAAAAACAAGGAAGAUGUUUUGGCGCAAGAGAAGCUACAAAAGGACUAUGAAAGUGCUAAGAAACUAGCUAAAGAUGCAGAGCUAGCUAAAGAAAAGGCUGAGAAGGAGGCAAUGCUGUUGAGACAGAAAGCAGAGGAAGCAGAGAAGCAAAAGAAGAUGGCAGAGGAGGAAGCGGCGAAACAGGCGAAAGCUCAAAAAGACGCAGAGAAAUUGCGUAAAGAAGCGCAGGAAGAAGCAGCAAAGCGUACUAAAGCUGAGGCAGAUGCUUUGAAGCUAAAACAACAAGCUGACGCAGAAAUGGCUAAACAUAAAAGUGAAGCAGAGCAGGCACUCAAGCAGAAAUCUGUUGUGGAAAAGGAAUUGAUUAUAGUGAAAUUACAACUGGAAGAAACAGAUAAGCAAAAAGGAGUGCUAGAUGACGAGCUAAAGAGACUCAAGAAGGAGGUGGAUGAUGCCGUCAAGCAAAAAGCACAGGUUACAGAUGAACUGGCUAAAGUUAAGAAACAAAUGGAUGAACUGCUGAAAAUUAAACUUAAAUUUGAGGAGGAGAACAGGAGGUUGAUGCAAAAGGAUAAAGAUAGCACACAGAAAUUAUUAGCAGAAGAAGCUGAAAAGAUGAAAAGUUUAGCAGAAGAGGCGGCUAGGCUAAGCGUGGAAGCUGAGGAGGCCGCUAAGCAAAGACAGUUAGCUGAAGCUGACUUAGCGGAACAAAGAGCUUUAGCUGAGAAGAUGCUAAAGGAGAAGAUGCAAGCUAUCCAGGAAGCAACCAAAUUAAAAGCAGAGGCGGAGGAGUUGCAGAAAUUGAAAAACCAAGCGCAAGAAAAGGCAAAGAAAUUGUUAGAGGAUAAAGAGCAGAUCCAGCAAAAAUUAAACAAGGAAACAGAAGGAUUUCAGAAGUCACUAGAAGUCGAACGCAAAAGACAACAGGAGAUGUCAGCAGAGGCAGAUAAGCUGAAGAAGAAAGUGAAAGAGCUAAGCGAUGCACAGGCCAAAGCUGAGGACGAAGCCAGGAAAUUCAAAAAACAAGUGGAAGAAGUGAAAGUACAACUCGAAAUUAGUGAGAAACAGACUUCUGAAGUGGUGGUGAAAAAACUGGAGACUCAGCGGUUACAGAGUACCAAAGAGGCAGAUGAUCUGAAGAAAGCAAUCGCUGAUAUAGAAAAAGAGAAAGAGAAACUCAAGAAGGAGGCGGAGGAGCUGCAGAGGAAAUCCAAAGAGAUGGCCACCGCCCAAAAGGAGCAGGUGGAGCAGCAGAAAGCCCUCAUGCAACAGUCCUUCCUCCAGGACAAAGAGGCUUUACUGAAGAAAGACAAAGAAAUGGAGGAAGCCAAGAAGAAACUAGAGAAACAGUUGCAAGAUGAAAUUAAAAAGGCCAAAGCUCUCAAAGAUGAACAAGAACGUCAGAGAAAGAUGAUGGAGGAGGAGCAGAAAAAAUUACAGGCUGUUUUAGAUGAAGCCCUUAAGAAACAAAAGGAAGCUGAGGCAGAGAUGAACAAUAAACAGAAAGAAAUGCAAGUGAUUGAUAAGAAGAGACUGGAGCAGGAGAAACUUCUGGAAGCUGAAAAUAAAAAGCUCAGAGAAAGACUUAAGAGCUUGGAGGGUGCUGCUGCUGCUACUGCUGCAAAACCAACCACAACCGAAACUAAAGAGAUCGAUGUCCAGACUGAUAAAGUACAGAGUGAACAGCAGCAACUCGUAACCAUGACAACAGUCACAACAACCAAGAAAGUGUUCAAUGGAUCAGUUGAAGCGGAUGGUAUAAAGAAAGACAGAGAAUCACCUUUUGCUUUUGAUGGUAUAAGAGAGAAGGUACCUGCUGAGAGAUUGCAUGAGAUUGGUGUUCUAAGCAAGAAGGAGUUUGACAAGUUGAAAAAAGGCAAAGCUACCGUGCAAGAUCUCGCCAACACAGAUAAAGUAAAGACAUGUCUCAAAGGCCAGGGUGUUAUUGGUGGUCUUGUAACUCCAGAUAAAGAGAAGAUUAGCGUCUACCAAGCCAUGACCCAAAAUAAGAUUGAACCCAGUACAGCUACAAUGCUAUUAGAAGCUCAAGCCGCCACUGGUUUCAUGGUUGACCCAGCAAAAAAUAGACUUCUAACAGUGGAUGAGGCUGUGAAAGAAGAGGUGAUAGGUCCUGAACUGCAUGAUAAGAUGUUGUCGGCAGAAAGAGCAGCAACUGGAUUCAGGGAUCCCUUCACUGGUGCUAAAAUCUCACUGUAUGAAGCUAUGAAAAAGGGAUUGAUUGAGAAAGAGCCAGCAACAAAGUACUUAGAUGUUCAACUUGCAACUGGUGGUAUCAUUGACCCAGUUAACAGUCAUAGGGUGACACUACAGACAGCAUACAAGCAAGGACAAUUUGAUCCAGAUUUGAACAAGAAGCUCUCCGAUCCAAGUGACGAUUGCAAGCUUUUCAUUGACCCAAGCACACAAGAGCAGCUGACCUACAAACAGCUGCUUGAAAGAUGUACAAAGGAUGCAGAAACUGGUUUGUUGAUUUUGCCAGUAACGGAGAAAGCAGUUCAUCCUGAUAGGACCUUCACAGAUGCAGAGGCAAAAGAGAUGUUUAGUAAGUCAAAAUUGGAUGUGCCUUUUGGAAGAUUCAAGGGGAAAAAUGUUACCAUCUGGGAGAUUAUCAAUUCAGAAUAUUUCACUGAAGACCAAAGAAAAGAUCUAAUUCGCCAGUACAAAACCGGGAAGAUUACAGUCGAGAAGAUUAUCAAAAUUGUCAUCACUGUUGUUGAGGACAAGGAGAAGAAUAAAGAUAAUGUUUUUAAUGGUUUGAGGUCUACAGUUACUGCCAAUGAGCUGUUAGAGUCUAAAGUUAUCAAUAAAGACCUGUUCAAUAAACUCAGCAAUGGUAAAGUUACUGUUAAGGAGAUUGCUGACAUGGAUCAAGUAAAGAAGGCAUUGCAAGGAACACCAAGUAUCGCUGGCUUGCUGAACGAACCAACAAAAGAGAAAAUGCCUUUCUAUCAAGCCAUGAAAAAAGAUUUACUGUCCCCAGAAACUGCCUUAAACUUCCUGGAGGCUCAAGCUGCAACUGGAUUCAUGAUUGACCCGGUUAAGAACGAAAGGGUCCCAGUUGAUGAAGCAGUUAAGUCUGGGCUUGUUGGACCAGAGUUGCAUGAGCGACUACUUUCUGCAGAGAGGGCGGUCAGUGGCUAUCAAGAUCCAUAUUCUGGUAAAAAGAUAUCACUGUUUGAAGCCAUGAAAAAGGGUCUUGUGAAGAAAGACCAGGGUGUUCGUCUACUGGAAGCACAACUGGCAACAGGUGGAAUUGUCGAUCCAGUAAAAAGCUAUCGCAUCCCUCACGAUCUUGCAUUCAAGCGUGGAUACCUUGAUGAAGAAACUAGCAAGAGUCUAAACAAGGAAAGUGAUGAAACAAAAGUUUAUUGCAAUCCUAAUACACAAGAAGAUGCUACCUAUCAACAACUUAUUAGCAAAUGUGUCACAGACAAAGAGACAGGACUGCCCUUGCUUGACGUUGUCAAAGAAGGCACCAAAACCAAAGGAGGAAAAACAGCUAACGGAGGCUAAGACUAAAGAAGCUCUCCAGAAAACAAUGGAGCUUGACUAUGGGCCAUUCAAAGGUAGAAAAGUUACAAUUUGGGAGAUUAUUAACUCUGAGUACAUAACAGAAGAGCAGAGGAUUGAGCUGAUCAGACAAUAUCGAACGGGACAUGUCAC